CUGCUGCUGAGUUUCACCUGAGAUCACAAUAAGCAAGCUACACCGGUACUGACACUGUGGCUCGAAGGACUUACUUUUACUUUGGAUAAUUUCUUCAGUUCAGGGGUUAUAAUGAAGCCCACAUUUACAAACAUGAGGCUCAAGGUGGCUGUGCUGUUGCUGAUAGCAAUUCAGCUGAAGACAGAGGCGAUGCAGAUAACAUCCUCGGGGCCAAACACGAUUCAAAAGGCCCAGGUGGAGGACGUCAUCCUGGGAUGCACCUACACACCCAGCCCCGAAGACACCGGGGAGCUGGACAUUGAGUGGUCCAACGUCAACCCUGACAUGACACAGAAAGACACACUGAUCUUAUCACAUUCGGGGGGCAAGACGCACCACUACGGCGACGCCAGCCUCUCCAAAAGGCUUAACUUCAUAGCAGACCCAAAGCAGGGAGACGCCUCCAUCUCCAUCUCUAAUCUGAGGGCCUCAGACACGGCCACCUACCAGUGCAAAGUCAAGAAGUUGCCGGGUGUUGACAUGAGAAAAGUCACUCUGGUGGUGAUGGUUCCUCCGUCACGGCCAAAGUGCUGGGUUGAAGGUAGCGAGGAAAAGGGUGGCACAGUCUCCCUCCGCUGCAAAUCCUCUCAGGGAUCCAAUCCUCUCAGUUAUGUUUGGAGCAGAGAGAGAGAUCCUAUGCCAGCCACCGCAACCCAAGACUCACAGAGUGGGGAGCUUUUGAUAAGGAACCACACAGACAGCAACAUUGGAAGUUAUAUGUGUGAGGUAAAAAAUGCUGUCGGCAAAGAACAGUGCAGAUAUGCACUCCACGCAUACAACCCCACCAAUAAAGUGGGUGUCAUAGUUGGGGGGGUGAUAGGUGGCCUGCUGCUGCUCCUCCUCCUCCUGUUCCUCAUCUGGCUCCUGAUCUGUCUGUGCCAUAAGCGGCGCUAUGAGAAAGAGAUCCAAAAUGAAAUAAGGGAGGACGCCCAGGCUCCAGAGAGCAGACCCAACAGCAGACAGUCCAGCUUCCGCUCAGUGAUGGGAUACCGCACCCACCCCGGGGUGCAGUACAGCUCCGUGAGGAACCAGCUGCCCAGAGACGGUGAUUCAGGCCCCAUCUACACAGGCGAGAGUAACGGGCUGACAACUGCAGGGGACAAAACCGCUUCCCUCCAAUAUGACCCUCGAUAUGGAUACCCCGUGUAAGCCACAAGCUGCACACAUGCUUUUUAUUUUGAGCAUAAAGCUGUCUUUUGAUUUAAAUGAAAAGUAGUAUGUGGGUGACAAAUGGUGCAAUAUAACUAGAAUACACUGGGAGUACUGGUAGACUCAUAAAAUAUUACCUCAAAUCUUACCCUGGACAAACAUAAAUGUACAACUGGUGGUCUUCCAUGAUAUAUUGUAUCAGAUCCCAGCUACUGUAAACACCAAGAUUUUCAUGAUCCGAUUUAUUAUUAUGACAGUUUUGCUGCAACUGUAUGUAAAAUGUAUAUAGUGAAAAAAAUGUAUUUUUUAUUAAGGUGCCUUUUUUUCUAUGAUGCGCAUGUAUCAGUUUAUCAUGUUUUUUUUGUUUGUUUUUGUUUUUUUAAAUGUGUGCAAUAAAACAUUUUAACAGAUAAA